GGGAGGAGGAGAGCGAUAAACAGAUGAUGAGGUGGACAGUAAUCAGGAUUAGGGAUUGAGGGCCGUGUGUAUAAAUCUCCUGUUCAGUGAAACACAGAAGUGAAAAUCUGUUACAGAGAGGACGAGUGACCAUCAUCUUCAUCAUUUCCAUCACUGGCUGAUCAGCCAUGCGAAUGGUCAGUCUACAGCAUCGCGUACGGAGGGAGGCGGAACAUGAGUCUGACUCCGCCCCAGGCCCACCCCCUCCCUCUCAUCACUCCCACAACUUCAUUGAUAUGAAGAAUAAGUUCUUCAAUGAGCUCGGACACCUUCCCAACCACAAGAUUAAAUUGCCCAUGUGGGCAAUCGGUGCCAUCGUGGUGGUGGUUCUCGCCCUCGUCGCCUGCUUCGCUUUCUGUAUGUUUAAAAAGUGUUUCGGAGGAAAGAAAAAAGCGAAGAAAGUGAGAGAGCGAAAGGGCGUACGGCGGGUGAAAAAGCAGAAAGAGGGAGAGGAGGAAAAGGAAGAGGUGAAACAGGAAGAGGAAAAAGAGCAGGAAUUCUUUGGAAAACUGGAAUACACACUGGAUUACAACUUCACUGAAAAUCAGCUCAUAGUUGGAAUCCUUCAGGCUCAAGAUCUUCCUGCGAUGGACAUCGGCGGCACCUCGGACCCCUACGUUAAAGUCUACAUGCUUCCUGACAAGAAGAAGAAAUUUGAGACCAAAGUUCAGAGGAAGAACCUCUGUCCUGUUUUUAAUGAAACCUUUAUUUUUAAGACCCCCUUUAAUGAUUUGGCCGGACAGACGUUAGUGCUGCAGGUGUUUGAUUUUGAUCGUUUCGGGAAACACGACGUGAUCGGAGAGAUUAAAAUUCCCAUGAACAGUGUAGAUCUGGGACAACCAAUCCACGAGUGGAAAGACCUGGUGGGAGGAGAGAAAGAAGAGCAAGAGAAACUGGGUGAUAUCUGUAUUUCUCUGAGAUAUGUGCCAACAUCUGGGAAACUCACUGUGUGUGUGAUGGAGGCCAAGAACCUGAAGAAGAUGGACGUCGGUGGUUUAUCAGACCCGUUUGUGAAGGUGGUCGUUCAACACAACCAGAAACGUCUGAAGAAGAAGAAGACCACGGUUAAACAGAACACGCUGAACCCGUACUUUAAUGAGAGCUUCAGCUUCGAGAUUCCUUUCGCUCAGAUUCAGAAGGUGCAGAUUGUGAUCACGGUGUAUGAUUACGAUAAACUGGGCAGUAACGACGCCAUCGGAAAGUGCUGGAUUGGAUACGGAGCCAGCGGAGUCGGACUGCGGCACUGGUCAGACAUGCUCGCCAACCCGAGACGCCCCAUCGCCCAGUGGCACACACUGCUGCCCGAGGAGGAAGUGGACGCUGCACUGAAGGCACCAGUCCGCUAAUUUUAGACACACACACACACACAUACACCUGAAAUAAUUUGUGCAUUUCAUACCUACAUUUAGUCAUUAAAUGUUUUAUUUUGUCAUGUUUUGCUGUACAGUGAACCCCCCAAAUUCCACACACACAUACACACACACACACACACACACGUGUCGAUGCUGUAUAUAAGUGUUAUGUGUUUGUGGUUUUUCUGUUAUUGUUGUUAUUCAGUUUUGCAGUGAGAUUAUUUACAUUAACACACCAAACUUCAGCUUUAAUAAACUAAGAAUAACAUGAAGUUACACAGUAAGUAUAAAUAGGGCAGUGGUGGUUUAGUGGUUAAGACUCUGGGUUACUGAUCAGAAGAUCGGGGGUUUCAAGCCCCCAGCACUGCCAAGCUGCCACUGUUGGGCCCUUGAGCAAGGCCCCCCACCCUCUCUGCUCCAGGGGGCGCUGUAUCAUGGCUGACCCUGCACUCUGACCCCAACUUCUUAACAUGCUGGGUUAUGUGAAGGAAAGAAUUUCACUGUGCUGUAAUGUAUAGGUGAUUAAUAAAAGCUUCUUCUUCUUCUUAAAUCUAAACACACUGAGAGAUAAUGGCACUCACCUAUCAGCUUUAUUCAUUUUUUUCCCUAAUUAACCACCACAAAUAAAAUAAUGAAGUCAUCAUUUAAAUU